AUGGAUGUCGACGGGGGCUCCCUCUCUGGCUUGGUGACCGUGAGCCAGACCUCGGUGGGGAUGUCGCUGGGAUCCUUGCACCAGGCCCACAGGUCGAAGGAUCUGGUGCGCACUCUACGACGCGUCCUCUCCUCCAGAUCGAGGAACACCGCUCUACACGUGGCAGCAGAGCAAGGGCACCACGAGCUGAUCCGGGAGCUCUACCUCAGGUUCAAGGGUCAGGGUCUCCUUUCUCGCCGGAACUCGGCGCUGGACACACCGCUGCAUUGCGCGGCGAGGGCUGGGCACGUCAGGGCAGUCGCCGCUGUCCUCGUCGAGCUGGCCAGGGACCGUGGCGAGAACAUUCUGGGAUGCAAGAAUGAGGCCGGGGACUCGGCCCCGCACCUGGCGGCGAGGCACGGGCUCGGCGCUACGGUGGAGGUCCUGGUCUCGGCGGCGGCAGAACCGGCGGCCGAGCUCAACAACGCCGGCGUGUCGCCUCUGUACUUGGCAGUAAUCAGCGGAGAUGGUUCACCUGCUACUGGAAUGGAGGCCAGCUCUGGCAGACCAAGUCGACAGCAGCCCGCUCCACUUCGCGUCGUCCGACGGCGACCGCAAGAUCGUGAACGCGAUCCUGCGCGCCUCGCCGCCGAGCACGGUUUACAAGAAGGACUCGGGCGGUCUGUCGGUACUCCACGUCGCGGCGCGGAUGGGGCACCACCGCGUCGUGGAGGACAUGCUAGGGGGAGCUGCCCCGACGCCGCCGAGCUCCGCGACGGCAGCGGCGGUACCUUCGUCCACGCCGCGGCCAGGGACACGUGCUCCUCGGCGGUAGUGUCGCUCGCCAUCAGGAGCCCCAUGCUGCGCGGCCGCGGCCUCCUGGACGCGCAGGACAGGGACGGGAACACGCCGCUCCACCUCGCGGUGGCCGCGGGGUCGAACGGCGUCGUGGAGGCCCUGCUACGGAAGGGCAAGGUGCGUGCCGACGUUCUGAACAACGACGGUCACACGACGUUCGAUCUCGGCGCCGAAGGAUGGGCCGCCGGCUUCUUCGCCACGAUAAGCCUGGUGGUGGCGCUAGUCGCCUACGGCGCACGGCUCCGGCCGCAGAGGAAGGACCAGCUGGAGCAGUGGGGCGGCCGCGACAUGGUGCGGAAGGGGAUACAGAACACGUCCGACAGCCUGGCGGUGGUGGCCGAGCUCGUCGUCGCCGCCGCGUUCGCCGCCGGGUUCAACCUGCCCGGAGGGUACGGCGACGACGGCAAGGCGAACCUCAAGGACGAGACCGUCUACUCUUUUGCAAGAAACAUAAUCGCGGUUUCAUCUUAUAUAUUCACACGCAGCUGCCCAUCGCCUACCCUCCAGCAACGGCGGCGUAACAACCUGCAGCUUGAUCCAAUGGAUCGUCGUCGGCAGCACUGCGUGCAGCUCGCCUGUCCGACGAGUGAUUUGUCGGCAAAUAAUGCGAAGCCGAUGAGGCAACCCAGUGACGAUGCUGCACACUUGCUCAUCAGCAUGUGCCCUUCCCUCUAUCUCGCAGUCUACAGUGGGAGGACGGAGAAGGUCAUGGAGCUGCUUCUCCAUCAAAAGGGCGCCGCGAGAGAUGGCAAAGCUGCUGCUGGCAUUCGUCAUGGACAGUGCGACAUACUCGAAGUGAGUGCUGAAAGGAACACUGCUCUCCACGUGGCUGCGGAGCAAGGCCAUGACGAGCUGAUCCAGGAGCUCUACCACAGGUUCAGGGAGCAUGGCCUCCUCCUGUCUCACCGCAACUCGGCGCUCGACACGCCACUGCACUGCGCGGCGAGGGCGGGGCACGUCAGGGCCGUCGCGGUCCUCGCGCAGCUGUCCCGGGACUGCGGCGAGAGCAUCCUCGGAUGCAGAAACGAGGCCGGGGACACGGCCCUGCACCUGGCCGCAAGGCACGGGUAUCACAUGGUGGUGGAGGCGCUGGUAUCGGCGGCAGGCCCGGCGGCUGAGCUCAACAACGCCGGCGUGUCGCCGCUUUAUCUGGCGGUGAUGAGCGGAUCGGUGCAAGCAGUCAAAGCGAUUACCAUGUGCAAGGACGCGUCGUCGGCCGGGCCGAGCUCACAGAAUGCUCUACACGCGGCUGUCUUCCAGAGCUCAGCCGGCGACCGCAGCAUCGUGCACGCGCUCCUACGCGCCGCGCCGCCGACAACGGUGUACAAGAAGGACUCGGCCGGUCUGUCGGCUCUCCACGUCGCGGCGCGAAUGGGACACCACCGCGUGGCGAAGGGCAUGCUAAGGAGCUACCCGGACGCUGCCGAGCUCCGCGACGAGCCGCACGCUGCGCGGUGUCCUGCUGGACGCGCACGACAGGGACGGGAACACGGCGCUCCACCACCUCGCGGUGGCCGCGGGCGCGCCGGCCGUCGUGGAGGCCCUGCUGCGGAAGGGCGAGGCGCGGGCCGACUCCUGAACAGCGACGGCGACACGGCGUUCGACCUCGCCGCGGCGUCGAUCAGCUCGUUCACGAUGGUGAGGCUGGUGGUGACGCUGGUCGCGUACGGGGCGCGGCUCCGGCCGCAGAGGCAGGACCAGCUGAUGCCGUGGAGCGGCAACGACGUCGUGCAGGGGAUCCAGAGGACGCCCGACAGCCUGGCGGUGGUGGCCGUGAUCAUCGCCACCUCGGCGUUCGCGGCCGGGUUCAACGUGCCCGGCGGGUACAGCGACGCCACGGGCCAGGCGCACCUCGCGAGGAAGAAGUUCGUCUUCGACACCUUCUUGUUCCUGGACAUGUUCGCCGUGGCGACGUCCGUGGUCGCUGUGAUCCUGCUCGUCUACGAGAAGACGUCGCGCUCCGCCGUCGGCUCGUUUAAGAGCUUCGCGUGGGCGCUGCAGUGCAUGUGGGUAUCACUCAUGACCCUGAUGCUGGCUUUCUACGUGGCUCUGGUGGCCGUGGUGACCACAAGUGCUGUCAGUCAGUACGGGUUGAUGGCUAUAGAGGCGUGCAUCUGUGCCUUGCAAAUAUGCCUAACGACGUGGAUGAGGCCUGCAAAGACGUGGAGAACAAUCUGGAGGCAUAUAAGACAGUGCAGUCACGCGAAAGGAGGGAAUGUGAUCAAGCGGCAGUAUCCUCUCGCUGGCGCUUUCGUACUCCACUCCUGUUUGUUUACAGUUAUAAAGCCCAUUGAGCCAAUUAGUGUCAUGGGCCCGUAUAUGGCCAUCAGGGUGAACGUGAAGGAAAACAUCCUCAUAAAGUAUAGGUACCAGAUUUCUAAGGAUAAGGACUGGGAGGUUCCGAUCCGGGUCAAAAAUUUUGCUAGGAGAAGGUGA